CUGUCGGUGCUGAAAUAAAACAAAUAAAUGCGUGAUUUCAUGUUAUAGUUGAUAUUGUUAAUACGUAUAGUAUAAAAUGUCAUUAAAAUUUAUAGGACAAUACAUUUUCUGGCGAAGAAUUUGAGAAGUGGGCGUAAUUCGUCGUGAGAGCGUUUAGAAUUGCUAACAAAAAACAACGUUGCAGUCUUAGAUGCUCCUCGGUGUGUCCAACGAUGGUGACCGUAGUCGACCUGCUGAGUCUCCUGCUGGUGUCAGUGUUGUGGGGUUGCACCAACCCCUUCCUCAGAAGAGGCACAGAGGGAAUAGAAAACGUGACUAAGACCAACAAAGUGGCACAGCUUCUCGCUGAGGUCAAGUUUCUCUUCCUGAACAUCAAGUAUUUGGUUCCAUUUCUCUUGAACCAGAGCGGCUCUCUGGUUUACUAUUACACCCUUUCCACCACAGAGUUGUCAUUUGUUGUUCCUGUGGCCAACUCUCUCACAUUCCUCUGCACUCUGCUCACUGGGAAAAUUCUGGGGGAAGAGUUUGGAGGCAAACGAGCGGUGGCAGGGAUGUUUCUCACCAUGGCUGGGGUCACUCUGUGUGUAAUUAGCUCCAUCUCUGACAACGACAGCGACAACCAGAGUCUGACCCGGCCCGUGUCCUGACAGACAGUCUGCAAUCCAUGAUGAGCCGGAGAAGGCCUGGAGGAGGCGAUUGAGAUUCAGGGAAUGUUCCCUUUCAGACAAACUGUUCUGCUGAAUUUUACCCAGAUGAACUCAAAGUGAGCUUAAAGAAGUCCUGGUCAGAAGCUGUUAACACCGAGAUGACAGGAGAACGGGUUCAAGCAGAGUUCACCUCACAGCUACAUUUAGAUUUAUGGCGCUCACAUUGGAGCUGGUGGUUGUUAACUUUUACUUUUCAGCACCCCACUGACCUGCCCUGGGACUGGCAUCUGCAUGAGAAGAUGGGAACCACCUCCAAACAGGCUGGGCUGUAAAAAAGGACCAAAUAGAAAUCUGGCCCUGGGUCUACAGGGGCUUUUGUCUACUUUAUGUGUCUCUAAACACAGAUAAAUAGCUGUGUAGCUGGUGGACAAUUCAGUACUUGAUACUUUUUUGUAACAAACAAAACCAAAACUCCUUGCUCUUUGAAUAUUUGACAAAUUGCACCACAUUUAAAUAAAUGAGACAAAUGGUGACACACAGUUUUUAUUUUUAUUGUCACGUUAUUUUAACAUCAGCACUGUUCAGAUGACAUUGUUAUUGUUGCAUCUAUCCAGCUUGUCAUAUAAAUGGUAUUUAACAAUAAACUGUUGGCAAAACACAGUUUUCCUGUCGCAAUGAUACAUUUUUAAAAAAUUACUACACAGCUAGGGUAUGUGUAAAAAUGCUGUUUCUUAUUUAUCUAUUGCAAAUGGAAUAAACGACAGAACAUCAACUGAAUGUCUCCAUCAGAUU